AAAACAUAACUCACACGUAAAAAAAGGUUAUAAGUACAAAACCUGUGAGGCUAAGAGAGUGCUUGCACCACAAGACAGUAGAAAGUUCAUUGUCAUCUAACCUUUUUUUCUUGUUCCUGUUCAUCUUCUUCAUCAUCCAAUCAGUCACCAAUCUUUGAAGAUGAUCUACGAGUAUAUAGUCGGUGGAGUAGUUUUGGCUACUAUGUUGGGCUUUGUUUUGUUGUACGGUGUCAAAGGAAAGAAGACCACAAGAGCUUCAAUGGAGAUAACAAGAAAUGGGUUUGUAAGUAUUUUGAAUAACGGAAUUUGUCAGUCUGAGAUUACUAGAAGCACCGACGUGGUCAUAGUUGGUGCUGGAGUUGCCGGUGCAGCUCUUGCUUACACCCUUGGGAAGGAAGGACGUCAAGUGCAUGUGAUUGAAAGAGACUUGAGUGAACCUGACAGAAUUGUUGGUGAGCUGCUACAACCAGGCGGCUAUUUGAAACUGAUUGAGUUGGGUCUUGAAGAUUGUGUCAAUGAAAUCGAUGCUCAGAAAGUAUUUGGAUAUGCUCUUUACAAGGAUGGGAAAGAUUCUAAACUGUCCUAUCCAUUGGAAAAGUAUCGUGCAGAUGUUGCUGGGAGAAGCUUUCACAAUGGCCGUUUCAUACAAAGAUUGAGGGAAAAGGCUGCAUCUCUGCCAAAUGUCAGAUUGGAACAAGGAACAGUAACAGGUUUAGUUGAAGAAAAGGGAACUAUCAAAGGGGUGCACUACAAAACCAAGACUAGUCAAGAGCUGACUGCAUAUGCUCCCCUCACAAUUGUAUGUGAUGGUUGCUUUUCAAAUUUGCGACGCUCCCUAUGCGACCCUAAGGUUGAUAACCCCUCCUGUUUUGUUGGUUUAAUCCUCGAAAACUGUGAUCUUCCACAUGCAAAUCAUGGACAUGUUAUUCUCGGAGAUCCUUCACCUAUCUUGUUCUAUCCUAUCAGUAGCACUGAGAUUCGAUGUUUGGUUGAUGUUCCUGGCCAAAAAGUGCCGUCCAUUUCUAAUGGAGAAAUGGCCCAGUAUUUGAAAUCCGUGGUGGCUCCCCAGGUUCCCCCUGAGCUUUACGAUGCUUUCAUAGCUGCAGUUGAUAAGGGAAACAUAAAAUCAAUGCCAAAUAGAAGCAUGCCUGCCGCUCCCCAUCCCACUCCUGGUGCACUUUUAAUGGGGGAUGCAUUCAACAUGAGGCACCCUCUAACCGGAGGAGGAAUGACUGUGGCUCUAUCAGAUAUUGUUAUACUAAGGGAUCUUCUUAGGCCUCUGCAAGAUCUGUAUGAUGCAUCUACCCUUUGCGAAUAUCUUGAAUCCUUCUACACCUUACGCAAGCCAGUGGCAUCUACCAUAAAUACAUUGGCAGGUGCCCUCUACAAAGUGUUUUGCGCAUCACCUGAUCCAGCAAGGAAGGAAAUGCGCCAAGCAUGUUUUGACUAUCUGAGUCUUGGAGGUGUUUGCUCAACUGGACCUGUGUCACUACUCUCUGGUCUAAACCCUCGCCCAUUGAAUUUGGUUUUCCAUUUCUUCGCUGUGGCUGUCUUCGGUGUUGGCCGCUUGUUACUUCCAUUUCCUUCACCAAAACGCAUUUGGCUUGGAGCUAGAUUGAUUUAUGGUGCAUCAUGUAUCAUUUUCCCCAUAAUCAAGGCUGAAGGAGUUAGACAGAUGUUUUUCCCUGUAACUGUGCCGGCCUAUCACAGAGCUCCCCCUAUUCAUUAGCAUGAUCAAAAGAAAAGUUUUCUAAAUAUAAGGAAAUGCAAUAAUAGCAUGUGGAUUUCAUUCCUGUAAGGGAAAUUAAUUUGUAAAUCAGCAAUCCUCCCUUUGUAAGAAAUAAAAUGAGGUCUAGGAAACAGUUAGCAGAAUGUUAGCGUGCAAUAUGUGUAAUAAUCAGAAUCUGCUUUAUUUGAGAAAAAGAUUUCCCACAAACUUGUACUUGGCAAUUUAUGUUGAAAUGAAGCAACAUUGCAAAUAAGUUGGGUCCAA